GCUGGCUUUUAAUUCAUUGAUGGUGUUCCUCUGACCGGAGAGAGAGAGAGAGAGAGAGCCCCUAAGCUAAGCUAAGCUAAGCUUGUUCUACCUACACAAUGCCCUCUCUAGUUCUAUUCCAUUAAUUUAGUUUUCUUCCUCUUCUUCUUCUUCUUCUUCUUCUUCUGUUGUGUCUUUCUGAAGGGUGGCUAUUAGGGGAGAGGAUGGAGAUAGAGGCGGCGAGCGGUAGCGGGGCGGCGGCGGUGGAGAAGGGGUCGGGGAGUGGUGGUGGUGGCGUGGGGACAUACUUGGUUUGGGAAGAUCUUACGGUGGUGCUCCCCAAUUUUGGGAAUGGACCCACCCGGAGGCUGCUGCAGCGGCUAACCGGGUAUGCUGAACCGGGUCGGAUCAUGGCCAUCAUGGGUCCUUCUGGCUCCGGCAAAUCUACUCUUCUUGAUUCCUUAGCAGGUAGGCUCUCUGGAAAUGCAAUCAUGACUGGGAAGGUUCUUCUUAAUGGAAGGAAGAGGAGACUAGACUAUGGGGCUGUGGCUUAUGUGACCCAGGAAGAUAUAUUGUUGGGAACCCUCACUAUUAGAGAAACCAUUGCUUACUCUGCCAAGUUGAGGCUUCCAACCAACUUGAGCAAAGAAGAGGUGAAUGAGAUUGUAGAGGGAACAAUCAUGGAAAUGGGUCUCCAGGGUUGUGCUGAUCGGCUGAUUGGAAACUGGCAUUUAAGAGGAAUAAGUGGUGGGGAGAAGAAGCGACUAAGCAUUGGUCUUGAAAUCCUGACACGACCUCGUCUCUUGUUUCUUGAUGAACCCACUAGUGGCCUUGACAGUGCCUCUGCUUUCUUCGUGAUACAAACUCUUAAAAAUGUUGCUUGUGAUGGAAGAACAAUUAUAUCUUCGGUUCACCAGCCGAGUAGUGAAGUUUUUGCACUCUUUGAUGACCUGUUUUUAUUAUCUGGAGGCGAAGCUGUUUAUUUUGGAGAAGCAAAGAUGGCUGUAGAGUUCUUUGCUGAAGCGGGUUUUCCGUGUCCAAGAAAAAGAAGUCCUUCUGAUCACUUCCUUCGCUGCAUCAAUUCAGACUUUGACAUUGUAACGGCAACUUUGACAGGAUCUCAAAGAUAUCAUCAUGAAGUCCACAUAUCAUCAGAUCCUUUAGCAGAUGUGUCAACAGCAGAAAUCAAAGCUAAGCUUGUUGAGAAGUACAGGUGGUCAAAGUAUGCAAAAAGGGCAAAAGCCAAAAUUCAAGAAAUAUCGGCCACUCAAGUACUUGUGCCAGAAACAAAACAAGGAAGCCGAGCUGGAUGGUGGAAACAACUUUCAACACUGACUCAGAGAUCUUUCCUCAACAUGUCUCGAGAUGUUGGAUAUUAUUGGCUAAGGAUAGCCAUCUAUAUCGUAGUAUCCAUAUGUGUUGGUACAAUCUAUUUCGACGUUGGCACCAGCUAUACUGCAAUCUUGGCUCGGGGAGCCUGUGGUGGAUUUAUAGCAGGUUUUAUGACAUUCAUGUCCAUUGGAGGUUUCCCAUCUUUCAUUGAAGAAAUGAAGGUUUUUUACCGGGAAAGGCUUAAUGGGCAUUAUGGAGUUACUGUAUUUAUUCUAUCAAACCUCCUCUCUUCAUUCCCAUUUUUGGUAGCAGUUGCGCUUAGUUCCGGGACUAUAACUUUUUACAUGGUGAAAUUUCGGACGGAAUUUUCUCAUUAUGUGUUCUUCUGUCUCAAUCUCCUUGUCUGCAUUGCUGUUGUGGAGAGCUGCAUGAUGGUUGUGGCUUCUCUGGUUCCCAAUUUCUUGAUGGGAAUUGUGACUGGUGCUGGAAUAAUUGGAAUCAUGAUGAUGACCUCUGGGUUCUUUCGGUUGCUGCCUGAUCUUCCCAAGCCAUUUUGGCGCUAUCCGGUUUCAUAUCUCAGUUAUGGUUCAUGGUCAAUACAGGGUUCGUAUAAGAAUGACCUAGUGGGGCUCGAGUUCGAUCCUUUAAUCCCCGGGGAACCAAAACUGAAGGGCGAGGACAUCGUCAGGAACAUGUUUGGGAUUCCACUGGAUCAUUCCAAGUGGUGGGACUUAGCUGCUUUGGUAGCCGUACUCAUAUUUUACAGGCUUCUCUUCUUCACCAUUCUCAAGUUCAAAGAGAGAGCUUCACCGUUGUUUCGAACACUUUAUGCCAAGAGAACUCUCCACAAUCUAAAGAAGAGGCCUUCCUUUAGGAAGACGCCCUCUUUUGCUUCCAAGAGGCACCAACCUCUCCACCCACUGUCUUCUCAAGAGGGCCUUAACUCUCCCAUGCAUUAGAAUUGCAGCAGCAACAUUGUACCCAUACAUUGCAUUAAACAGAAAAUUGGUAUAGUGCAUUUAGUGAUAAUAAUAAGAAAAUAUGCUUCGUCUCUGAUGCAUUUAACCAUCUUUUCCACACUAAUUUGUUGCAGCAUGGUGGAUCCUGUGUGAGUAUGCGAGUGUGCGUCAGAGAGAGAGAAAGAGAGAGCUGCAUGUGGGGAAAAUGGUGAAAUGGUAACCGGAGAUAUGGCAAUAAUAUUGCUCUUAUAAGAUGUUUCAGCUUUAAUGUAUACA